AUGAGGACCCUUUACCUCCUGUGUGCAUUGUUCUUCUUGGUUUUGAUGCCUGUUCCAGGGUUUGGCGGAAUCAUAAACACAGUCCAAAGGUAUUACUGCAGAAUACGAGGAGGCCGGUGUGCUGUGCUCAGCUGCCUUCCACGGGAGGAGCAGAUUGGCCGCUGUUCUUCCAGGGGCCGAAAAUGCUGCCGAAGAAAGAAAUAA